GCUAGGCCUAGGUACGACGAGGUACGCCGCGGUGGACGCCCCUCGAGUGGAUGUGCUCGACGCAAUUGGGUGUGGUGAGUGGACGACAUGGACGCCGUGGACUGCACUCGACGCCCUCGACGCCCUCGACGCAGGUCGGGAUAUCCACGACGUCCACGCCCGGCCCCCGUCGACCCAGUAAGGGGAACGCAAAGAACGCAAAGAGCAUAGCGACGCAGCCUGGACCGUCCUGGGCGUCGGGCGAGCGCCAUAAAGUCUGCUGCUCCCGCAUUGCUACGCCCUCUAAAUUCCUCUAAAGAGGAAGCCCAUGUCCACUUUCACGCUGACCUCGCCUCUCAGCAUGAACAAGCACCACUUGACAGUGGGCACAGAUCGAGUAGACAAGGAAUACUCCUUCAUCGAAGCUCUCUCCCUCGGCCCUCAAGAGUCCCUGACCUUGGUGUCUAAGGAGUCUCUCGGCCUCAACUCGCAUCCCUCCACGCCUACGCUGCCCACCACCCCCAUCCCCAUCUCCAUCCCCCACGCUCACCACCUCCAGAAGCCUGCCCCUCCCCAUACUCUCCAGCCUCAAUCUCAGCCUCAGUCUCAUUCUCAUUCUCCCGCCCAUAGCAGUCACCACCAGCCCGCCCCCCCCUCCAGGUCGCUCACCACCAAGAAGAGCGCCGUCAUGGCCACGUCCACCAAGGCCCAGACGCAAUGUCUGGAGCUCUGCCACAAGACCACGCAGGUCGGUGACCGCGUGUCCAUCCGCAUGCUGGAGUACCUCAGCACCGUCACCAAGCAGCCUCACGGGCUCGACACGCUCGCCCACGACUUCCUCGACACGUGCGAGAUCCUCUUCUCCAUCGAAGCCGGCCUCGGCGAGUGCAUCCGCACCGCCCAGUCGUUCCCCUCGGACGUCAUCUCGGAGCUGAGCAAGAAGUUCCGCGUCACCCAGGCCGACUUCCAGCUGCUCGACCAGAUGCUCAACAAGAACCUCGAGAACGAGCGCAAGGGCGCCAUGGGCCGCAUGCGCCGCGGAUGGGGCAAGAUCUUUGGCGACCACGACAUCGAGAAGAUGAUCAACGCCCUGGGCAAGACCCGCGAGAGCCUGCGCAUGAGCGCCCUCAUGUUCCAGUGGAGUCUCGGCAACGAGAAGAUUGAGAAGGAGAUGGGCAUUGGCUACACUGGCCUGGCCGCCGCUCUCGAUCGCAUGGAUCACCGCGCCGGCGUCGCGGCGCGAAGCAAGCCUUCGGACCAUGCCUCUCAUUACCGUCCCUCGUCGUCCUCGCAGCACCGCGGCGUCGAGGGCAACGGCGCCCCGUCGCACUCCUCGCAGCCUCCUCUGCCUCCCCUGCCGUGGGCUGAGCGCUCGUCGUCCAUGCAGCAGGAGUCCGUCACCAGCCCUGGCGUCGACAUGCGAUAUAGCGGCGGCGGCCACACUGCCAGCUCCGUCAGCUCCAACGAGCGAUAUCACUCGGGCACCACGGCCACCUUUGACCGUCUGAGCACCUUUGACGAGGCCCAUGAGACUCGCUCGCACUCGGGCAUGUCUGAGAGCGCCGAGGCCAGCCUCGAGGAGCUCGCCGGCCUGGAGCUCAACAACAACACCAAGGUCGUCCGUCUCAAGGCCGACCCUGCCGCCAUGCCUCGCUGGAACCCCCGUAGCUCGGCUGGCUCAGAUGCCAACAACCUCCGCAGCGCCCUCCUGUCUGCCGUCAGGGGCAAGAACCACAAGCUCGUCGAGCAGCUCCUCGACCGCGGCGUCAACCCCAACACCGGCUCUGACCACCUCGCCCUCAAGGAGGCCGUCAUGAACGGCGACGCCGAGAGCGUCCGUCUGCUCCUCCUCUUCGGCGCUGACCCCAACGUCACCGACCGCGAUGGCAUGGGCCCUCUGCUCGCCGCCGUCGACCGAGGCUCGCUCGCCUCUGCCGUGCCUCUUCUCAAGUACGGCGGCGACCCCAACGUCCCCGGCGGCCAGGACCACGACACUCCCAUGGCCGAGGCCUGCAUCCGCAACAACCUCAACAUGGUGCACCUGCUGCUCAUCUACGGCGGCGACCCCGACCAGCUCACCAUCACCGGCGACACGCUCAUCAUCGCCGCCACCAACAAGAAGACGCCCAAGAAGCUCAUCGACCUCGUCCUCGACUACGGCUCCGACCCCAACCUCAAGAGCCGCGAGGGCAAGACGGCGCUGUUCGAGGCCAUCCAGAACUCCCGCGUCGACAUCGUCAACAGCCUCCUCGACCACGGCGCCAACCCCAACCUGCCCGGCCCCAAGCACAUGCUGUGGCCGGCCACGUACCAGACGCCCUGUCUGCAGACGCUCCUCGCCCACGGCGCCGACCACAAGAAGUGCCCCGGCAUCAUGGAGCUCGCGGCCAGCGUCAACAACAUCGAGUCGGUUCGCGCGCUGCUCAAGGCCGGCGUCGACCCCAACGCCAAGAAGGACGGUGUCUACACGCCGCUGUGCACGUCGAUCCGCGACAACCGCGCCGACAUCUUUGCGCUGCUGCUGACCAGCGGCGCUGAUCCCAACGUGCCCGCCAGCGAGUACCCGACCUUCAAGUGCAUCACGCACAACCGUCUGCAGUAUCUCCCGCAGUUGGUGGCCGCCGGUGGCAACCUCAACUCGCCCAAGGGCAUCGUCGAGACCGCUGUGAGCGUCAACAACAUGGAGGCGCUCAACUGGCUCCUCGACCAGGGCAUGAACCCCAACGACAAGACCCCCAAGGGCCACUCGCCCCUGUCCACGGCCAUCCGCGAGAACCGCGUCGACAUGGUCGAUUCGCUCCUUGCCCGCGGCGCGGAUCCCAACAUCCGCGGCCAGGACUGGCCCGUCUGCAUGGCCGUCCGCAACCCUGCCAUCCUCAAGCGCAUCCUGGCCGUGCUCGCCGAGCCCCGUGCCUUCAAGGGCGUCAUGGAGAUGGCCGUCGUCGCCGGCCAGCUCGAGUCCGUCAAGCUUCUGAUCAACGCCGGCGUGUCCGUCGAGGACAAGAACGGCGGCGUCUUCUCGCCCCUCACCUCGGCCAUCCGCGAGGACCGCCGCGACAUUGUCGAGUUCCUCGUCAAGGAGGGCGGCGCCGACAUCAACUCGCCCGGCGAGCACCUGCCCGUCGUCAAGGCCCUGCGCCGCCACCGCGAGGACACGGAGAUCCUCGAGUUCCUGCUGGAGCACGGCGGCGACCCCAACAAGCUGUACCGCGGCUGGAACGGCAUCAUGCAGGCCGUCGAGAACGGCGACGAGACGGUCCUCCGCCUGCUCGCCGAAAAGUCCGGCGUCGAUCUCGAGGUCCGCGACGAGCUCGGCCGCACCGUCACCGAGAUUGCCGCCUCGCGCGGCUGGGACGAGGCCGUCGAGAUCCUCUACGAGGGCCGCCUGAAGCGAUGAACGGACAAGACUGGGUACGAGGCGUUGGUGCGAUGUGCUGUACGAUGAACAGGACUUUGGGACUUGCUAUGAUGCUGCCUACGGGCAUAUUUGGAGUCGGGAGGGUGGGUAUCAACUUUAUCGGAGUCCUAGGUUGAACACUUGCUCGUCUGGCUAGACGUGACCGAUAAUUUCUCUUUGUUAAAUCCGAUUCCAUAGAUCACUUUGACUAUCUAUAAUUGAGGCCCAACGACAGCAGGGUGUUUUCUUUGUCACAAAUGGUCAAUUCAAUCUAUCUGCAUACCCUUGGUUUACUACACCUGGUUCACACGCUUGGUUACACGGAAGGUUCAUAGUUGAAAAGCUUCAGAAUGCUAGCUCCAUCUAAUUUAAUACACACUUUGACGUUAAAC